CAACAGGCUCAGGAUCAAACCACACACAUACUCGCGCACCUUCGCUCUCCUUCCUAUACCGCUGCAGAUGGAGGACGCGGCGCUUCGUGUUGGAACAAGACGAUAGUUGCCCAUUUCAAGUCGCUGGAAUCUGUCAGGGCUGAACAGAAUGAAGCACGGACUGUAGUGUUUGCGUCAGGCGCGUUAUUCUCCAUCGGAGUACAUACAGAGUUGAGGACAGGCGCACUUGUCCGCUGUGCCUCGGACUCUGUAUGGAGGGAUGUCGGAAUGGCUUGCACCAGGAGAACCAAAACUUUGGUGUCUACGUGUGUAAUACUAAGUGGCAUGACCAACAUAGUGUGUCUUUUGUACGUCGGAUGGGUGACUAAUUACAUCGCUAAUGUGUACAUCAAAGUGCCGAUGCCUGUCCCAGCCAAAAAGUUGGAGGGCGACAGGAAAGGAGAAACUCUGCGGAUUAUAGAGCGACUGGAUCGGCUGGAGAAUGUGGUUAAUCAGCACAUACAAGAGUCCCCGCUGAAAGGAGAUGACAAUCAGCUAGAUCGAUCUUUUUCCGACUCGUCCUUGUUCAACCACUGGGGCCAGGAUAUGGGGCCAGAGAGCCGCAGAAUGGCCCUCAAGAUGUUUCAGUAUUACGGCUACAAUGGUUACCUCAGCGACCGCCUCUCUAUGGACAGACCCAUCCCAGACUACAGACCUGAAGGGUGCAAAAACAUGUCUUACCCGUCCAACCUUCCGCAGGUUAGUAUAGUCUUUAUAUUUGUGAACGAGGCACUCUCAGUCAUUGUGCGCUCCAUCCAUUCGGCCAUGAACAGAACCCCGCGCCACCUGCUCAAAGAGAUCAUACUGGUAGAUGACAACAGCAAUAACGGUAGGUUUACACACAGCACAAAACGCUUAACAUGUUUGUCAAUUGUGUAA